UAAAAUUACCGAACGUUCUGUUCUACUGGGGGGAAGACGGUAGUAGAGGACCGUUGUGACUCCAUUGGGUGGGAAGUGAUCGCUGCCGUUGAUGGUCCAUUUGUUUCGUUUCUCUUUUCUUUCGUUACUGAUGAUGGCCCAUGAUCAGACAAGGGCCGAGGUCCCACUAGCAAAGAGGAUCGGAUCGAAUGCCUGAAUCUGCAUGUGUUUUAAACAGAGAUGCAGAAAAGCAGUUCAAUCUCGAUUUCCUGCACCUAUCCACAAACACGUCCAGAUGCAGGCAUUCGAUCCGAUCCUCUUUGCUAGUGGGACCACGCCCCAGAGAAUGGGCGAAGGGAGGAGGAGGAGGAGGAGGAAGAGGAGGAGUGGAUAUGGCGAGGGGUUCUCCGGGAAACUCCGGCGACACGUUGGAAGAUGAACGAGACCAAGAGCGGUCUGGAGAUGAUCAGGGGGAGGAGGAAGACCCGGAGGAGAUGGCAUUGCUUGAAGCAGAUAGCGAGGAAGCAGGAGGAGGAGGAGGAGGAGGAGGAGGAGAGGCACCAGGAGGAGGGGGAGGAGGAGGAGAAGUAGGAGGGGGAGGAGGAGGAGGUGCAGAACCUGCGCCUGUGGCUGACGAUCAGCCUCCUCCCGGAAGCCCUGCCACGCCUGCGGAGAGCGCGAGCGACGCGGAGACCGACGAAGACCUUCCAGAGGGAGGAAGGAGGGGAGGAGGGAGCAGAAGAAGAGAAGGAGAGGAAGAGGCAGAGGAGGAGGGGAGGAGGGAGGGAGAAGAAGACAGAGACGGACGAAGAAGUGGAGGAGAAGAACAAGAAGAGGAAGAGGAAGAAGAAGGAAGAAAAAGAGGAGGGAGGAAGGGAAGGAAGAAGAAGAGGAAGGAGAAGAAUGAAGAAGAAAAGGAGGAAGCAUUGGCGAUGGCGGUGGCGAUGAGGAUGAGCGAUGACGACGAUGGGGACAGAAACCAUGGUCAUGAGGGGAUGAUGAUGGGACGACAUGGCUCUAAGGUCACAGAGGAAGAGGAAGAUGAGGAGUACAUUCGUGAAGCAGAUGAAGAUGACCCACAUUUUGGUGGUGGCACACGCCUGGUUGCUCAGCCAUCCUGCAUUAUGGGAAAAAUGAGGGAUUACCAGCUUGCAGGCUUGAAUUGGCUGAUCAGACUCUACGAGAAUGGCAUUAAUGGUAUCCUUGCUGAUGAAAUGGGUCUUGGUAAGACUUUGCAGACAAUUUCCCUGCUUGGGUAUCUCCAUGAGUUCAAGGGUAUAACAGGUCCACAUAUGGUGGUUGCACCAAAAUCAACACUCAGCAACUGGAUGAACGAACUCCGGCGUUUCUGUCCAAUAUUGCGGCCAGUCAAAUUCCACGGGAACCAGGAUGAGAGGGCCUAUCAGCGUGAUGAACUCCUUGUUGCCGGCAAAUUUGAUGUGUGUGUUACGAGCUUUGAGAUGGCCAUCAAGGAAAGGAAUGCCUUUCGGAAGUUCAAUUGGAGAUAUAUAAUCAUUGAUGAGGCACAUCGAAUUAAAAACGAGAACUCCAUUCUGUCGAAGACUAUGCGGAUCUUUAACACCAACUAUCGGCUUCUGAUCACUGGCACGCCUCUUCAGAACAAUCUUCAUGAGCUGUGGGCACUCCUCAACUUUCUGCUUCCUGAGAUAUUUAGCUCUGCUGAGGUAUUCGAUGAGUGGUUCCAGCUGUCUGGUGACAAUGACCAGCAAGAAGUGGUCCAGCAACUGCACAAGGUCCUUCGGCCUUUCCUUCUUCGGCGCCUUAAGUCGGAUGUCGAGAGAGGGCUGCCUCCCAAAAAGGAGACGAUCCUGAAGGUGGGGAUGUCGGAAAUGCAGAAGAAUUAUUAUCGAGCGCUUUUACAAAAGGAUAUUGAUGUUAUCAACAGUGGAGGGGAGCGAUCUCGACUGUUGAACAUAGCAAUGCAGCUGCGCAAGUGCUGUAAUCAUCCUUAUCUGUUCCAGGGUGCGGAGCCAGGACCACCGUUCACCACUGGAGAACACUUGAUCCAGAAUGCAGGGAAAAUGGUUCUGCUCGAUAAACUGCUGAUGAAGCUUAAGGAGCGUGAUUCCCGUGUGCUCAUUUUUUCACAGAUGACGCGGCUUCUCGACAUUUUGGAGGACUACUGUAUGCUGCGACGAUAUCAGUAUUGUAGAAUUGAUGGGAACACGAGUGGAGACGACAGAGAAAGUUCCAUUGAGGAAUUCAAUAGGGAGGGGAGCGAAAAGUUCAUUUUCUUGCUAUCCACAAGAGCGGGAGGGCUAGGUAUCAACCUUGCUACAGCAGACAUUGUUAUUCUGUAUGAUAGUGAUUGGAAUCCUCAAGUGGAUUUGCAGGCGAUGGAUCGAGCGCAUCGUAUUGGUCAGAAGAAAGAGGUGCAGGUUUUCAGAUUCUGCACUGAGUACGCAAUUGAGGAGAAAGUCAUUGAGCGAGCGUACAAGAAGCUGGCCUUGGAUGCUCUUGUUAUUCAGCAGGGGCGCUUGGCAGAGUCUAAGGCGGUGAACAAGGAUGAACUCCUGCAAAUGGUGCGCUUUGGUGCUGACAAGGUUUUCAGCUCAAAGGACAGCACUAUAACAGAGGAGGACAUCGAAAGGAUCAUCGCCAAGGGAGAGGAGGCAACAGCGGAACUGGAUGCAAAGAUGAAGAAGUUCUCGGAGGAUGCUGCCAGAUUUAAGCUUGAUGCGGGUGCAAGCCUGUACAGUUUUGAAGGUGUGGACUAUGCCCAGGAGAAGGACAACAACAAGACUGACCUCAAGCGACUUAUUGCAGAUAACUGGAUUGAGCCACCAAAGCGUGAGCGGAAGCGCAACUAUUCUGAAGCAGACUACUUCCGAAACACAAUGAGGGGAAGCGGAGGACCACAGAAGCCCAGAGAGCCACGAAUUCCAAGGAUGCCACAUCUACAUGAUUUCCAGUUUUUCAAUGUGCCACGUUUAACAGGACUUUACGAAAAGGAGGUCAAGUGUGUCCUGCAAGGGCAUCAGAAGCAGCAGGUGAAGGAAGGCGCUGAAGGUGAGGAAGACACCGAUCCUCUGUCUCAGGAGGAGCGAGAAGAAAAGGAGCGCUUGUUGGAGGAGGGGUUUUCUACCUGGACAAGAAGGGACUUUAAUGCUUUUGUGAGGGCAUGUGAGAAAUAUGGGCGUAAGGACAUUGCCAGCAUUGCAGGGGAUAUGGAGGGCAAGUUGGAGGAGGAGGUCCGGAGGUAUUCGAAGGUCUUCUGGGAGCGAUACACCGAACUUAAUGAUUACGAGAGGAUCAUAAAGAACAUAGAGCGAGGAGAGGCGAGGAUUCUGCGGAAAGAUGAGAUCAUGAAGGCAAUCGGCAAGAAGCUGGACAGAUACAAGAAUCCUUGGUUUGAGAUGAAGAUUCAAUAUGGACAGAACAAAGGAAAGCUGUACACUGAGGAGUGUGAUCGUUACUUGCUCUGCAUGGUGCACAGACUCGGCUACGGGAACUGGGAUGAGCUGAAGCAGGUGUUCCGGACGCAUCCAUUUUUUAGGUUUGAUUGGUAUGUGAAGUCGAGAACGCCGCAGGAGCUCGCAAGGAGAUGUGAUGUCCUCAUUCGCCUUGUGGAGAAGGAGAAUCAAGAGCUCGAGGAACGGGACAGAGCAAUGCGCAAAGAGCAAAAGAAACAGAGACUGAUGGCGCCAAACAAGAGUACGAGUCGCACGCCUGCGAAAACGACGAGCUUGAACGAUUGUUCUAACAGUGGGGCAAACUCCACGAAGAAACGAAAACAACCUGAGGUAUCUGCCGCUCUUGCUGUCUCGGGUAAGAAGAAGAAAUAAGGUGCUGGCCUGCAAUUGGCAGAUUUUUUUUUUCUCUUCUUUUUUCGAGGAGUCUUCUCUGCUUUUUUCAAGGAAUCUUCCCCGCUUUUCUCGAGGAAUCUUCUUGAUCACUUCGACAAGCGGUGGAUGGAAAAAAGAGUGCCUGUUUCGGUGCAUUGCAGGCGCAACGGGAGCCAUCUUUACCUAUGUGUAGUUGAGAUCAUUGUAACAUCAAAUGCCUGUGUACCAAUAAGGGAUACCCCCGCCCUGUGAUUGUAGAACCUCCCAUCAGGGGCUGGCCAGCAAUGAAAAUUCCUCCUUUUCUUUUUUCCUUUCCUUAGCUUCCUGAUCAAAAUGAAACCUCAUUGGCAAUCGAGCGACUCACUUGUCUCUCUCUCUCUCUCUCUCUCUCUCUCUCUCUCUCUCUCUCUCUCUCUCUCUCUCUCUCCAUCGACACCAUCUAAUUACCACUGACUUUGGUUGUACUCUUGCCACCUCCUGUCUGUAGUUUGGAGAGUCGAAUUUUGUUGGGCCGUUGUGCUUGUGAACUCCUGUAGACGUCUAAGGUGUACUCGCACUCGGACUCCUGCCGUGAUUGUGGUUAGAUUCUUCUGUAUCCAAGGCCACAAAGUGGGCGAUGUUGUAGUCUGGCCAUAAUUACGUCCAGAUGCAUCAUGGAAAGUGCUAGUGUGAGUAUGUGCUUGGCCAGUUCAUGCUCUCCUUCUUUACUACAGGGGGUAUCGAAAAGGAAGCACAGGGAUGCGAAGAGCUUCUCGUUAUUUCAGUCUGGGGCUGUCGAGUGGCGGUCGGUCCUCGAUGCGUGCAUUCACCGAACGAGGAGCCUAGGGCAAGCGAGAGGUAAGAGGUACAGUGAAGCUUGUGUCCAGUUUGUUCAAUUUUUGCUGUGGGAGGAGGUGAUCUGGCUGCUAAGUGUUCAAGUUCAGUUUCUUGUGUCUGGGGUUCGGUGAGAGCCUGGCGGCCCUGGCCCAUUGAGUUCGGUUUCGGUACCCUAACCCGAUCCUUUGUCAUAGUUAUGAGAUUAAGCAGCGGUCAGUUUCUGUAGUAUAUCUAUUCUGACUUGCCGUAAAAGUUUCGGUUGAAGAGCUCUUGAGAGAAACUGUCCGCAAGGAAACAGGAUUAUCUUGUUUUUCUUUUUCCUUUUUAAGGCAAAGCCCUUUCCCAAGUCCACUAUCCUUAUGGUGGUGGUAUGAGAACCGCUGGGAUUGAGGCCUUGGUUAGUGGGAUGCUCCAUAUAUUGGUGGGAAGCGACACCUGCUGGAAAUUGGGUCCUGCGUCCCUUGGAAUCAGCAUUAGGGGACAGUGUGUAUGGGCUAUAAACAUGAUUAUCGGAGUAUCUAAUGGUCAUCCCAAACGGUUGUACAGUGUGAGCAGAGACUUCUACAGUGCACAUCGACGCUCUGGCUCUGAAGAUGUGCGGGUCUGGACAUUAACCAGGGUGGUUAUGAACCCUGGUACUGGUCUUAACUGUGGAUCCAACGGAAUCCCCCAACCACGGCCACCCGUCCCCCUCGCCCCUUAAUGGAGGAUGGUGGUCUUGGGAUGACGUGUUCUUUCACCUUCUUGGAGGGUGCUAUGAAUGGCUGGUUUUGGAACCUUGAACCGGGCGGGAUACUAAGGAAAAAGCAGGAGGAGGGGGAGGAGGAGGAGGAGGAGGAAGAUUUGUACGUGCGAUGAUUUAUCCGUCAGUGUGCAGGAUUUCUUGCGAGAAGAUCGCUUUCACCGUCUGGGCUCUUGAGGAGUGGAGAAUUCCUUUGUUCUGAGGAGAUAUGAAGUUCUGGAGGUUCGGGUGAUUGGGUUGGAGGUUCGUAGAAAGAGGUUUCGUGCACGUUCAAUUGAUGAUGACUUCAUGUGCUCAGAAUUCUUUCACGAAAACACAGAUAGGAACCAAUGCGUGCGGAGAGCCUUUCUGCAGCUUGCGAUUAUCUUUAAAGAGUCACUUUUUGGUGUGAACCUCAACUGGAAUCCGGUUGCAGAUGCCUAGUCCUUGUGCUUUGUAUCU